GGAGCUCCGGAAAACGGCGGCUGGUGCUGCCUCCGGGUGCUCCGGGACCGGGCUUGUAGCAAAGGGCUCCCUGGGGUUACCGUGACCCUUCACCCUUUUGUCACUGGCCUUCUGCUUCGCGGUGUCGGGGGCUGUAGCGGCGCAGUUCGUUCCCUUCGUUCUUUCCGGGGCCCUGAGGCUGGGCGGUGCGAAGCAUGAAGCUGACCAAAGCCCAGUACGAUGAAAUAGCGCAGUUCCUGGGGCACGUGCAGCCCACCCGGCAGAGCCUGAGGAAGCUGAAGGAGAAGUUCCCUAGCUGGUUCCUGACAAAAGAGGUUGUUCAACACAAGCAUGCCUAUAUCCAUAACCUUUCAGUAAGUCAAUCGCAGUCCACUCUGCUGAGCAUCUUCUCCCAGGAGUACCAGAAACAAAUCAAAAGAACACAUGCCAAGCAUCACACUGCUGAAGCUGUUGAAACUUACUACCAAAGGUACCUGAAUGGGGUGAUGAAAAAUGCAGCUGCCCCUGUAUUACUGGAGCUGGCCAAUGAGGUGGACUUUGCCCCAUCAUUGAUGGCUCGUAUUGUGUUAGAAAGAUAUCUACAAGAAAAAGAACAAGCCAUCCCCUCCAAAACACUUAUUAAUAGUAUGCUACGGGACCCUUCUCAGAUUCCAGAUGGAGUUCUAGCAAAUCAAGUCUAUCAGUGUACUGUGAAUGACUGUUGUUAUGGACCACUGGUGGACUGCAUCAAACACGCUAUUGGGCACGAGCAUGAAGUCUUGCUGCGAGGAAUGCUUUUGGAAAAAAAUCUCUCUUUCAUAGCUGAAGAUCAGCUUCGUGCAAAGGGUUAUGACAAAACACCAGACUUCAUUUUAGAAGUGCCAGUAGCUGUUGAAGGACACAUAAUUCACUGGAUUGAAAGCAAAGCCUCUUUUGGUGAUGAAAGCAGCCACCAAGCCUACUUGCAGGACCAGUUUUGGAGCUACUGGAACAGAUUUGGCCCUGGAUUAGUCAUCUACUGGUAUGGAUUUAUUGAAGAGCUGGACUGCCAUCGUGAGCGUGGUAUCCUGCUAAAAGACUGCUUUCCUACCGACAUUGUGACUCUGCGACACAGCAUGGCUCAACGCUGAUGCUGGGAGGAAGAGCCCAUCCCCCAGGGAAUCUGUACCUAGGAAUUUUUCUCUUAACUGACUUUAAGGAAGGAAUCUGUCUUGACCCCUGUAGGUACUGUAACAUGCAAUUUUCUGGCGUACUGAAGACCGCAAGAACAAUGUGCAUGAGCUCUCUGUGUGGGAUACUUCUGAAGAAGAUAACCAUCCUGGCGUUCAACAAGAGGAGUAAAAAAAAAAAAAAGAUGAUGAAACAGUGCUUUUUACUGGAUCAGUGCCGCAAGACAAACAGACACACAAAGUUUGCCUAUAGAAACUGUGCUGAGUAGAGCAUUAGAUUUCCUCCGUACUUAUGUAUACUUGUAAAAGCAUUGUUUUUCUCUUUGUUAAAACCACCAAGAGCAGAAGAGCAUUUUGGUGGAUGCUAGCCCUCCUUAGAUUUGAGUGAGUUCAAUCUCGCCCUAUUUUCAUCCUCAUCAUCACUUAGAGGGGCAGCUUUGCGCCUCAGGUUUGUGCUCUCAGAGAUUUCUUAAUAGCAGCUUACAGGGCUUGACACUCUUUAAUACUCUUUUUUUCACUUACCGGCAUUUGGGAAGGGACAAUAUUUUUAAAAGGCAGCGGGAGUUUUUCAUGCCUGCUCACCAUGUUCUGAUUUUCAGAGAAGCAGAGGUACAGAUUUUGUUGUAGAAUUAAAGGUGCGAUAACAGUCUUCCUAAAGCACAAGUUGAUAACCUCUUCCAUAAGGAAAGGGUCUUUAAAACAUUACAGUACAUAUUCAUCAUCUUUUUGCAGCUGUGCGCCUGUAUGAUUUCAAAAAUCACAUGCAGGCUUUUUAUAGUCUUGCCUUGACUUAAAAGGGUAUUAAUCUUAUUCCAUUUUCUUUCAGCUAUAGUUUUCAGAUGGAUAUGCAGUAUUUUUAUUUUGAACUUUUAGUUCUCAUUUUAACAGUUUGCUAUGUUUCAGAAAGGAGCUUAUCAUUUUGACUAAUCUUUAAUUUUCAGGAAAAAAUAUCUUUCUUUAGUCUUCCUAGUACUCUGUUCCUUGCUGCAGAGAUAAGCCAGUAUAGCUCCACUACAGUGAAUUAUUGUUGCAUAGAGAUUGUUAUCCUAGGUUUUAACAUGCUAUAGUGGAAAGAUUUAUUUAAAAAAUAAACCUGUUACAGCUGUAAUUCAUUCCUGUUCAGCUAUUUAAGGUAUUGUGCUUAGCUUAUUUUACCUAACCAGCCUUAAGGAUCUGCCGGUAAAGAUACACAGAAGCAAUACCUGCCUGAUGCUACACAGGAGCUGCAUGUAGGAUAUUGCUGCCCCUGGGACUGGGGUUUAGGCUAGUGGAAUGUGUGAAAUCCAGAAGAGAAUAAAAAACAAGAAAUAACUGAACAUUAUUGUAGUAGAAAAUUCAUAAGUAAUGGUUGCUUGAGUGAAAUGGGUUUGAAGGGCAAACUGAAUUUGUUUUAGCUAGAGCAUAUGCUUUCUGUUGUAUGCAAUCAUUUGAAUCAGUGUUUACAAGAUGCACUAAUGUUUUUUCUUUUUGAAUAAAUUAAAUUUAUCGGCACAGAUGUUGAAAAUCCUGCUCAACCUCCAUCAAAGCUUUGCUUUGUUUUUACAUUAAACAAAUUUAUGUGGGGACACACAUAUAAAUCAGGUUGGGCUUGUAUUUGUUUGUAUAUUCCUCUACCUAAUGCCAUGACAUAACAGGUUGGAAAGCAAUACAGCUGUCUUUAAUAUACGCUUUGACCUCGUAUUUAUAUAUUGCCCCCUUUAAGCAUCUUUGUAUUAGAAUGAGGAUGAAAUAAGCCACAAAAGUGUACAUACUCUACUAAUUUCAUUAUAUGCUAUUGAGCAAGUUUUGCCACCACAAAAUUAUGCUGUGUCACUAUUUUAAAUGCUGAAAGAACAUAGUCUUUAUUAUUUGUUAUUUCUACUUGUGUCUUGCAAAACAAACCCUCAUUUGUGUAUUUUUUCUGUUUAUCAUAUGUAAACAGCAACUUAAGUAUUAAAGAGAAAAGACUGCUG